CAAAAAGGUUUAUCUGUUUGUCUCCGGCAAGGACGUCUGGGCAAACGGCUUUCUGCACCACUACCCUCGGCCUUCGUGCUCGUCCCCUGUGGGCAAAGGAAGGAGCUAGAACCGUCCCAGUCACUGGUCCCCUUCAGUUCUCCGUGGGCGCGUGGGCUGCCCGCUCCUGAGCGAGAUGACCGCGGCCCUUAGGCCCUGGGUGGGGUGGAGCGUCCUCGGGGCCCGGCUGGAUUCAGAUGUGGACUCUUCCCCUUUACAACGUGAUGCUCGGGAGGGCUCGUGCCUUGGUUUCCCCUCUAGCACCACGGAGCAAGCUGCCCCUCCUGCUGGCUUGGGGGACCCGAGGGCCCGGGGCCGCGCUUGCUGGGACUCUGGGUGUGACCAGCCCCGCCCCCACCUGGGCUAGGGACCGGCAUCGGAAGGUUUCGGUCCAUGACAGGCACGUCCGUGGGGUGAGCGGGGGCCCGUGUCAGCCCUGCGUCAGCCAGAACAGGAAGCUGCGGCCGGGAGCGCCCCACCCUGCGGGGCCCCUGCGGCCACCACACCUGUCCCCAGAGCCACACAAGCACCGCAGGGGAGGCAGCCCCCGCCCUCAGGCUUCCUGGGCUCCCAGCACCCACCGCCGCACCCCCUGGCCUACGGGGGCUCCCCCGGCUCCAGCUGCCUCGCCUCUGGGUGCUCUGCUGGUUUCCGGGGCCCCAUUUCCGCCCCCGCCCCGGGCAGACUCAUGUUUUACUUUGCAGAGUCUUGGGGAGCAGAGCAUCUGGGGGUGGACGCAGCCUGGGCCCGAUUCCUCCGAGUGGAAACCAGCGGAGGGCACAGCGACCUCACAGCGACCCGGGGAAUCUGGACCCAUUCCGCAAGCCGUGGGAUCUGCCCCCGCCAGCGCGGAGCCAUCCGUGAAGUGGGCGCCCCGCUCCGGCCCUGCCCUGGGUCCACGCAGGUCUCCGUGGGAAGGUGGUGGUUCCUGCGGCCCCUUGGACGGAGGUGAGCGGCAGGCAGCUCCCCGCAGGGGCCCAGUUCCACGUAGGGUUCUGUCUCCACCUCUGCACUUAAUGAUGCGUGCUUUUCCUUCUCGGUUAUUCCAUCCCCUGCCUGCUGGGGCACGUGGCUCCGGAUCUCGCCUGCGAGCCUCAUGCUUGUCCCACAGGUCCCUCCCUGGACUGCGCUGAGUACCGAGGGGUGAUGGAGAGUCAGGGACGUGAGGGGCCUCGCUCCUGGGCCGCCCGGUGUAGUGACCACAGGCCGCGGGCGGCCAGGGGCCCUUGAAGCAUGGCCCAGCGAGGCUGGGAUGUACUGGGAUGUGCUGUAAAUGUGAAAUGCUCACCAGAUUUUGAAGAUUCCAUUAUUUUUUUUAAAGAUUUUAUUUAUUUAUCCAUGAGAGACACAGAGAGAGGCAGAGACACAGGCAGAGGGAGAAGCAGGCCCCACGCAGGGAGCCCGAUGCGGGACUUGAUCCCGGGACCCCGGGGUCACAGCCUGAGCCGAGGGCAGAUGCUCGACCACGGAGCCCCCCAGGCGUCCUGAAGAUUCCAUUUUUAAAAUAUCAAAUAUCUGAUUCAUCAGUGCAUGUUUAUUACAAGCUGAAACGGUGAUUUUUUGAACAUACCGGUUAAAUGAGAGAUAUCAUUAAAAUAAAUGGCACUUUUCCCGAAAA